AUGUCUAAAUGUCAAAUUAUUUACACAAUAUUUUUACUCUUGACUUUAGGCUUAUUUCUUGGAAUAUUUUUCGGUCUAGGAUAUCCUGAGAUAAAAAGAGCCGAAUAUAUUUCAACAUACUGUACGAUCAAUAGCAAAACAAUAUCAACAAAGUAUUGUUGUUAUGCGGAAUGUAGUAAUUGCGAAACAGCAAGUGAAUUAGCUCCUAAAUGUACAGAUCUUGAGUCCAAGUGGAAUUCAUUGUCACCUGAUACAUGUACCAAUGCAGUAUUAACAAAUAGUUCGUUAGCAGAUGUUUGUCCAAUCAAUGAUUUGAAAGGAGAAUGUAAUGGCGGAUAUUAUUGUUGUUCGACAUGUUGUUCACCCUGUUGCUCAAAUUGUUCUUGCACUUGUUCGUGUUGUAGUGAUACAAGUAGACUUUCUUGUCAGUUAAAAUGUCCUAUUUGUUAUUCAGUCGUGCUCACGGUAACGCUCCAAAAAAGAGAUAAUUGGUCUUACACGCCAAUAACAACAAAUAUUACUACAGAGUUUCGUGAAAACAUAAAUGGUGCAGAACAAUUUCUCGCUGAUUAUUCCAUUUCAUCUACGGUUCAGUGCUUUUAUAAUCCCAAAGAUCCUUUUCAAGCAUUUCUAAAUGUAAAUUUUGCGGCAAAAACUUGGGUUGCAGUAGGAAUAACUGCUUUUUUUCUUACAAUUACACUCAUGAUUGGGACAUGGAUUUUAUUCAGUGAAAACAAUACUAUAUUACAGGACUACAAAUAUAGGGUAUUAAUAAUGGAAAUUGCACUAUGGUGUGGAACAAUUAUUCCACCUUUACUCAUCUUAAUAGAUUUAAUACCAUUUACAAAUGGAAAAGUUCUUUGGACGCUGGCUGUAAUUGGUGUAGCACUAGGAUGGGCGCCAGUACACACAGCUGCUUGUAUGAAAAAGCGUGGUUGGAGAUUUAUUUCUGCGUUUACAGUAACUAUUAUCACGUUGAUUUUACCUCUUAUAAUGUUUUCUAUAGCCGCUAUAUACGCAUUAAGCACAGACAUUCGUACUUAUAUGAUAAUAUUAGCAAUAGUUAUUCCUUUAGGCGUCAAUAUUAUAAUAUUUGUGUUAUGGGAUUUGUGUGUGAAGUAUAAAUCAACAAUAUUAUUUAAUAAUCAAUAUAAAGGAAAAUAA